AUGCCAAAUUUGUUCGUUCGCGAUGGCAUUUCGAGUGUCCAGCCUCCUCUAUCGCAGGCCGUGGGAUAUGUUGUUGUCGUCGUGAUUGGCAUCAUCAUUGCCCUCGUCAUGAUGCUCAUCACAAAGAUAUUGAAGAAUACCACUGGAGAGGACAAUAAGAAAACGGAAAUGUUCAUGACGGCGAAUCGGACAGUUCGCACCGGUCUGACUGCAUCAGCCGUGAUAUCCUCAUGGCUCUGGUCAACAGCCUUACUCGGCUCCUCGUUUGUCGGAUAUGAUUACGGGGUCGCUGGUCCCUUCUGGUUUGCCGCUGGAUGCAGUCCGAUGAUUGUGUUCUUUGCGUUACUGGGAAUCUCUUGUAAACGGAAGAUCCCAGAAGCACAUACCUCGCUGGAGGUUGUUCGGAUUCGAUAUGGACGGGUGGCGCAUGUCGUUUUUAUGAUUUUGUGCUUGGUAAACAACAUCUUUGCUUGCGCAAACAUGUUGCUUGGUGCCGCUGCGGUGAUUACGGCCGUGACCGGAAUGCAUAUCAUUGCCGCAACAUUCUUACUGCCGGUCGGAGUGACAGUAUAUACCUUUGUUGGCGGAAUCAAGGCAACCUUCUUGACUGACUACUUCCACACGGCAAUUAUCAUGAUCAUCGCCUGCUACUUCUCGGUCAAGGCUUUCUCCAUCGAAGAAGUGGGAUCUAUAGGUAAUCUCUUCGAACUUGUUCAGGCAGCUGCACAGCGUCAUCCUGUUUCUGGUAACCAGGAUGGGACUUAUUUGACCAUGACAUCCAAGAGUGCGAUUUUAUUUGGAAUUCUGCACACGCUCGGCAACUUUGGUCUAGUCAUCAUGGACACCAGCUACUUUAUCAAAGCAUUCUCUGCCUCGCCAGCUGCAGUAGUCCCCGGUUACACUAUUGGUGGAAUUGCAUACUUUGCCAUUCCGUGGGGCCUUGGAACAGUGAUGAGCUCUAUCGCCCUAGGGCUCGAGAACCAGCCCAGCUUCCCAACUUUCCCCAGGAGAAUGACAACAUCAGAAGUAUCUGGAGGCCUCGUUCUUCCCUACGCCGCCAUAACAAUGGCAGGCAAAGGCGGAGCAGCAGCAGUGCUCCUGAUGACAUUCAUGGCAUGCACAUCAACCCUCUCGGCUCAGGUAAUCGCCGUCAGCUCCAUUCUCAGCUUCGAUGUGUAUCGCGAGUAUUUCAACAAAAAGGCAACAGACCGUGACUUGAUCCGAUCCAGUCACUUUGGCGUCAUUUUCUUCGCGGCUUUCUCCGCCGGCUUUAGUACUAUGCUUCACUAUGUGGGGAUUGAUCUAGGUUGGACUCUAUACAUGCUCGGCGUGGUGACUUGCCCAGGAAUCUUCCCCAUGAUUUUCACUAUCCUCUGGCGACGCCAAAGCAAAGCAGCAGCGAUCCUCUCUCCGGUCCUAGGACUCGCAACAGGACUAGCAGUCUGGCUAGGAACAGCCUCACGUUUCAGCGGAGAAGUCACCGUCGCAUCAACAGGUCAAGUCCUUCCCUGUCUAUAUGGAACCGUGGCAUCAUGCAUGUCGCCAAUCGUAUAUUCCGUCUUGAUCACACUGGUCAGGCCGCAAAAUUAUAAUUGGGAUGACUUCAAGAAGGAGAAACUCGCUCUUGAGAAGGUUGAGAGUGAUUUGACUCAUGUGCAGCAUGAUCCCGUCCCUCAGACUGGGAACGAAAGCCUUGAAGACGGCGGUAAUGCCGAGAGUAAAGAGUUGAAGCGGUGGGGACGCAUUGCCGCUAUCUGGGCUGUGGCGACGUUCUUGGGCCAUUGGGUGAUUUGGCCUUUGCCGAUGUAUGGCUCCGGCUAUGUGUUUAAUAAAAAGUUUUAUACUGCUUGGGUUGUUGUUGGCAUUAUCUGGCUUUGGCUUAGUAUGCUCGUCGCCAUUUUCUAUCCUAUCUUUGAUGGCGGCAUUCAGCAGAUUCGAGAUGUCUAUCUAGGAUUAAGAGGACGGAAUAAUAUUACUGGAGCUGUCCCGAAUCACGAAAAGGAUGGAAAAAGUACUUCUCCUUCUGCAGGGUCUCUCAGUGAUGCUGCCACACGCACUGGGGAUCCCCAAGAGAUCAAGGGGUGA